GCAAAAAACCCAAAUGGCCCUUACUUAAUUUAUGCCCAAAACAUAUAUUCUUCUUUUUCUUAUAUGCCCAAAACAUAUAUUCUUCUUUUUCUUAUUUAUAUUCAUCAUCCUUCGUACAUUUUUUCUGCGUCAGGCAUUUGUUUACCAAUCCCAGUUGCUUGGUAAGUUUUCUUAAGAGAGAAGGACACCAAUAUUUGAUUCAUAUUCUGUUUAGCUCCUAGCCAUGUCUAUUAGCUUAAAGGGUCUGGUGGACAAGCAUAAGAACAAAGUUGUUUUUGUUGAAUCAGAUAAUGAUUUUGUUGAAGUACUGUUUAGUUUGUUGACAAUUCCCAUGGGAACAAUUACAAGGCUUUCUUGUUCUAAAUCAAAAACAGUAGGAACAAGUUGCAUGUACAAUCUGUAUGAAAGUGUUAAGAACAUUGAUGUCCAGCUUUUCCGGGCCGAAGAAUGUAAAGAAAUGUUGCUAUGUCCACGUAGAGCUACUGAAGUUUUGGGCCAUUACCUUCAAUGCAAUUCUCAUGGUGUAGCUAAACGGUACCUCUGCUGCAAUGAGGUUUACGAUUUUGGCUCUGGCCUUAAGUGUGAUGUAUGUAAGUGUGGAGCAUACAUCUAUAGUAGAAUAGAAUUAUCGAGUGAGCCUUCUUCUACUCCUGAAGAUGGAGACAUGUUUACCAAAGGAAACACCAGAUUUGUAAUUAGUGAUGAUUUACAAAUCGUAUCUUUGUCCAAUGGAGCUAGCUUAUCUUUGUUUUCCAAUCUUGGUGUCACUGAUUGGAGUAGCGUCGAGGAGAGGAUUCUUGAAAUACAACUUGUAGAGGUUUGGGAUUUGCUACUAUGCUCAUUGUUUUCAAGGACACCAUUGACUGAAACCCUUUUGAAGCAUAAACCUGUACCAGGAAUUACUGCUGGACUUCGCGAUGUAGAAAAACAAGCGAGGAAGGGUAAUAUUAAGCAAGAAGGAAAAUUUACUGUAAAGCUUAUGGUAAGCAAAUCUAAGAAGAUAGUUUGUUAUGCAGAAGCCAAGGAAGACUUUGUAAAUUUACUCUUGAGUUUUCUUGCUGUUCCAGUUGGUCACAUAUUGAAACAUAGAUUGAAUGGAUUUCUGAAUGGAUGCGUAGAUAAUUUGUACAAGAGUGUUGUGGAACUUGAUGAAAAGUGCUUUAAGUCGAAAAGCCAUGAAAAAAUGCUUGUUAGUCCCAUGCUUGCACUAGGUUUUGGCUAUGAAAAUGAUCUUAUAAGUAUUGAGCAAGCCUCUCGUCCACUAUUUUAUUCACAGUUAGACAAUAUCGGCGCUCUUUUAUUGUACAAUGAUGAAGAUCUCCAUUCUAAAAUUGCAUCAAAAGCUCCAGGUUUCUCUACUGUCAUGGAUUUCAAUACUGGCAGGGAUGGGUUUCUAAAAAGACAUACAAUGUUCACACUGACAGACAGUCUGAUCAUAAGACCCAUAUCCCCGCUCUUUGUCAUUUCCAUUCUCAAUGAGUUGAAGGUACCUUUUAGUGAUAUUGAGGUGAAAGUUGUGCGUGUUGGCAAGGAAGAGGCUCUGCGUCUUCUGGUGGCUUCUUUUCUUUCAGAUUCUGCUCUUACACAUGCGUUCCUUGGGAAGCCGAAGUGAAGACUCGGAGGACAUCAUAAUGUAUUUGUGAGGGAGAGAAAGAAAGAAAACUCAUGUUUUUAAGAUGAAAAUGAAAUCAAAUUUUAAUUUUGAUGUUAAGAGUUUUAAGAGUUUUCUUUUAGACAGUUUAUGAAGGUAGCUAUAACUAUAAGCUAUCAAUCUUGACCCUUGUUUAUCUGAGCUGUGUUUGCUUUAGAAUAUUUUGUUUUGACUUGUUUACAUUUUGAUUAAUUCUAUUAAAAAAUAUAUAUAUUUACAUUUCAUUUAA